GGCGCACUGGCUGGCACCUGGCUCCCGGCAGCCACGGAAUUAGGCAUACCCUGCCAGGAUUGCGAGACGAGCAUGAUCCCACUGCCAGCGUUUGUGAGUCCUCCUCCGUGCUCCUGGGGCUGAGGCUCGGCCAGCAGCCAUGGGACUAGACUGGCCCCACGCCUGGCUGUCGGGCCUGCCCACAGCCGUGGUGUAUGGUUCCUUGGCUCUCUUCACCUCCGCCCUGCAUAACGUGUUCCUGCUGUACUACGUGGACACAUUUGUCUCGGUGUAUAAGAUCAACAAACUGUCCUUCUGGAUUGGAGAGACCGUAUUCCUCCUCUGGAACAGCUUCAACGACCCCAUCUUUGGCUGGCUCAGUGACCACAAGUUCCUCAGCUCCCAGCCCCGAUCGGGAGCCGGGCUCUCCUCCAGAGACGUGGUGCUGACCCGGGUGAGGGCUCUGAGUUGGCACGGGCCCUUGCUGGCAUUGUCGUUCCUGGCCUUCUGGGUGCCCUGGGCCCCUGCUGGCUUGCAGUUCUUACUGUGCUUGUGUCUCUAUGAUGGCUUCCUGACCCUCGUGGACCUCCACCACCACGCCUUGCUGGCCGACCUGGCUCUCUCCGCCCACGACCGCACCCACCUCAACUUCUACUGCUCCCUCUUCAGUGCGGCUGGCUCCAUGUCUGUCUUUGCCUCCUACGCCUUUUGGAACAAGGAGGACUUCUCCUCCUUCCGUGCCUUCUGUGUGGUACUAGCUGCCGGCUCUGGCCUAGGCUUCCUGGGGGCCACACAAUUGUUGAGGCAGCGGAUUGAGACCACCAGAAGGGACAGGGGGUACUCAGCCAUGGUCAUGGAUGGCGGCGUAUGUGAAGAAGAGCCUCUGGUGGGUGGUGAAGAAGCAGGCAACAUUACCUUGGGCCAGUACCUCCGGCAACUAGCACGCCACCAAAACUUCCUGUGGUUCGUGGGCAUGGACUUGGUACAGGUGUUUCACUGCCAUUUCAACAGUAACUUCUUCCCUCUCUUCCUGGAGCACUUGUUGUCUGACCACAUCUCCCUCUCGACAGGCUCCUUCCUAUUGGGCAUCUCCUAUGUUGCUCCCCAUCUCAACAACCUCUACUUCCUGCCCCUGUGCCGGCGCUGGGGUGUCUACGCCGUGGUGCAGGGCCUCUUCCUGCUCAAGCUGGGCCUUAGCCUCCUCAUGCUGCUGGCUGGCCUGGACCGCCCCGGCCUGCUUUGCUUCUUCAUUGCCAGCAAUCGUGUCUUCACUGAGGGCACCUGUAAGCUGCUGACCCUUGUGGUCACUGACCUAGUGGAUGAGGACCUGGUGCUGAACCACCGGAAACAGGCAGCCUCAGCUCUCCUCUUCGGUAUGGUUGCCCUGGUGACCAAACCUGGCCAGACCUUUGCCCCACUGCUGGGCACCUGGCUCCUCUGCUUCUACACAGGUCAUGACCUUUUUCAGCAGUCCCCAGUGAUCGUGGGGAGUGUCCAGCCGUGGCCAGAGCCCCCAGCCCCAGCCCCAGCGCAGGCUGCAACACUCCGCCAGGGCUGCUUCUACCUGCUGGUGCUGGUGCCCAUCACCUGCGCUCUGCUGCAGCUUUUGACCUGGUCCCAGUUCACGCUGCAUGGGAGACGCCUCCGCAUGGUCAAGGCCCAGCGCCAGAACCUGGCACAGAUCCGAACGCUGGACAUUAAGAUGGUGUGAGAGCGGUUGCAAAGGCACUCUGCUGAGGUCCUUGCCCCAGUCCCAGCAGGAACCUCUCAUGCCGGCCAGCAUCCUGCUUCAUCUUCGCUGAGUGUAGCUGGGAGAGCAGCUGGCUGGGGCAGCUCCUGGGGAGGUCUGCCCUUUGCUAGCAGGCUGAUUGAGCUCGGGCAAGGGCUGGGUCGUAUGUGCUCAGGGACUGUGGCUCCUGUGGGGCAAGAAGGAAGGAGGACCAGAAAGGGCAGGGUGGAGUGUGGUGCACAAGGAGUUGCUGGGGUCCUGGAGCUGGAGCUGGCAACUUGGUGGGUUCAGGAACUUCUGAGACUGUAACUCCUUUUGCCCGCUCAGGCGAAGCUGACUGAAGUGCUCCUUGCCUCUCCUCGCAGUCAUUUCUCCGAGGGUUCUCUGCUUCAGUUGGAAGUAGCAUGGCCUCUGUGCUGUGGGCUCCCCAAAGCCCAGCAGGCCUCCAAACUCUAAAGAGUUUCGAGUAAAGCCAGUCAUUCCUA